CCUUUUGGUCUAUUAAAGGAACUUUUCUUCAUUUCCUUCUUCUCCGAGCUAGUGUAGUUUCAGAUUUUGCUGGGAUUCUUCCUCGAAUCUUAUAAUUAGGUUUUCGCUCUUUCUCUGCUUCGGGUUUGGGAAUCACAAUCAGAUCCAUCGCUAUUCACAGGCUUCAGCUAUUAUACCAAUUCGACGUUGAAGGUUACAAGUUCAUCCUCUGGAACUAAGUAUGGGGCUUUGCCUCUGUAAGCCUCGAGGUCGGGAUGACGAUUCUGAUCAUCAUAUGGAAUUGGCUUCUGGAAACGUACAACUUAUUACCAGCAAAGAAUCAUGGGAUCAAAAGUUGGCAGAAGCAACAAGGGAUGGCAGAAUUGUGAUUGCGAAUUUCAGUGCAGCAUGGUGUGGUCCUUGUAAGACAGUUGCUCCAUAUUACAGCGAAUUAUCUGAGAAAUACCCAUCUUUGAUGUUCUUGUUAAUUGACGUGGAUGAACUAGCUGACUUUAGUAUUUCAUGGGACAUCAAAGCCACUCCAACUUUCUUCUUUCUCAAAAAUGGACAACAGAUUGACAAACUUGUGGGAGCCAACAAGCCAGAGCUGCAGAAGAAGAUCAAUGCCAUUGCUGAAUCAGUCUCCAGCUCCCAGAGUCAGUGGUGAUUGCUAUUAUCUUCUCUUAACAGUAAGAACUCAUGGGUUUUCUCCUUUUUUGACGACUGGUGGAUUAUCUGUAAACUUUGUAUUUGUGUUUUACCACGCAUGUAAAUAUGAUCUUUUGCAUGUGACGUGACGUGUUCCAUGCAAUUUGUGAUCAGUGUAAUUUUUUCUGGGGGGGCCUCCUGUGAUCAUUGUAUUGACGUUUGUUUUGGAAAUAUGAAAAGUUGUUGUCUUGCUGUCUCACA